UCCAGGCGAAUCUGUCUCAAGAGAAGGCCGUAGUGGCUAUGUUCGAGUCGCUGUCUACUAUGCCUCACGGCCCCGUUCAAGUAGCCGUCGUCAACCAUGCUAUAUAUCUCACUUCAGAUGUCCCCAUUGCAAGGAUGACACUGGAUCAGUGGAACACCACCAUAACCACGAACUUGACGUCAUCAUUCUUGGUGUGCAGAGAGUAUUUGAAGCAUCUUGAAAAUGCGUCCUCGGGUAUCAAGGACAAGGCAGCGAUUGUACUUAUCGGAAGUACUGCUGGGAAGUAUGGUGAAGCCAACCAUGCUGACUACGCUGCGACAAAGAGUGCAAUGAUGUACGGUCUGAACCUUACACUGAAGAACGAAAUCGUGAAGAUAGCUCCAAAGGGCAGAGUCAACUCCAUUGCUCCUGGGUGGGUCAAGACACCCAUGGCUGAAGAAGCCUUGAAGGAUCCCCAAACAGUGUAUCGCGCAUUGGCCACGAGUCCACUCAAGAAGGUGGCCACGCCUCUGGAUGUUGCAACACAGAUUGCGGUCCUUGCAUCGUCUACUUUGUCUGGUCAUGUCACUGGUCAAGUAGUGAUGGUUGAGGGCGGAAUGGAGGGCAGACUACUAAACAGACCAGAAGAUUUG